AAACUGAGAACCCAUGUUUUAUUCGGCUCUAGCCGUUUGAAGUACCGGACGUAAAGCAUGAAAGACAUUUUCGAAUCACGGUCAGCCGAAUUGAGCCACAAACACCCCCUCGUAAAGGUAACAUCGUAUAUCACACAGCACCUCGAAAAGGCCACUCGGACAUCUGUAUCCUUGCGUAGGUUGGCCAAGCUUCGAAACAGUGUUAGAAAUUUACGAGCCAUUAGGCUUUGUGUAGCCUAAUAAGAGUCGAAAUUUUAAAUUGGCAAGCAUCGAAAAAGAAAGGCCAACGGUAAGUGAUGCCAAUCCAACUAUCUGACUUUUAGGAGAAUCCAAGUCAAAUCCCAGUGGAACUGUAGCUUUCGUCACUCUCUCUUCGAUCUAUGUUAUAUCAUUUUAUCUUUGCAUUUGGUAAGAUGGAGGCAAAAUUGCCUCCACUGAAAAAUGUCUAUGCUAAGCUAUGGAUAACUAUAGCUCUUUCGUAUAGCUCAAUUGUAAUCAUAUAGUUAAAGAUUGCUAUAAGAGCUAUAAAAAAUUCCCGGCUGCCUGCGAACGCAAAUUUUGACGCCAGUCCUGAAAAGCAGUCCUGUGGCUCCUAAGGAACGGGACAGGGUUCGACUGGAAACGUUUAUACCGUUACUUGAAUGGUAUCUGUUCGAAUCGCGGUGUUCCAUAAACUGCUAAUGCGAUCAUCUCAACCAAAUAACUGCUUGUGCCCGUCGUUAUCAGUCUAACACUAGCAGACACAAUACACUGAGCUAAACUCUAGAUAACAGUUGUCAUACAUUUGAUGCUAUGGACGGCAAUAAUCACCCGUUUUGGUUGUUGCUACCCUUCAGACGAAUCUGGAUGCUAUCCUAUUCGUUUUCUCUCAAAGUGGCCAUCUUUGUCAGUUUCUAGAAUCAGUCUACAAAAUUCGUGGAUGGUCUGAACUUGAUUAAUGACGUACACGAUACGAAAACGCUGUUAAAAUACACAUAAUUAGGCUAUGGGAGCGUAUAGCUAUGCGGCCACUGUUGCUACUAAAUGCCAUUUUUUUUUCCAGUCUUCAGUCAGGGGCUUCCCUGCAAGAGCGGCAGAGAACAAUCAACGCGAUGAUUGCAUUGAGCUCGCACUCCACGGACGAGUACAACUUUUAAUGAGUUUCUACAGAGGAUUUAUCAUGGCAAAAAGUAAAAGUGCCUAUUCAUUAUUUCAUAGAAGCUUGUGUUUCGUUUAAUCCGGUGUCGCUUUUUUAUGCUGUGCUCGCAACCGUGACGCUUUUGCUACACUAACAUCACAACGGAAAAAAUGGACCCUUUGAGCCUAGUUAAUUAUGAGAGUGAGGCUCAAAGGCCAGCAGCGGCUACAAUCUGGACAACAAGAUUGCAGGGGCCUAUGAUACGUGUAUUUGGAGCCUGUUCUUCCGUUCCUCCGUGGAGGAAGCUGUUCCUGACAGCGCUCCUCAUCGUCUUCCUUUUGCUCAUAGCCGAUGUGCGCAAUACAAUUUUGAUUGAAGAGGAAAAGCUGCCCGAGAAGAAUCUGGUCCUCACGCUCAUAUUCUUCACACCGACAGUACGAAUUCCCUAUCUGAUAUCGCGAAACUACACGCAUUUACGCACCGACAGCCUGAUUUUGCCGUCGCUUCGAGAUCACUUCUAUGAUAUAUACUACAAGAGAAAGCUAAGUGAUCAGGCAGCGAACAAGACCAUUGCCCUUGGAGCUUUUCUCGCAGCUGCUCAUAGCAAACGUUGCGCACGCGCCCUCUUUCUAACACCGCGAGUUAUCAACCUCCGUGCGACGACCACCCUUCUAUAUCGAGGCUAUUAUGGACUAGAAGACGCCCCUGGCACGCUGUGGACGAGGCAAAAUAUUCACAUGAUGCCGGAAGACCGCGUUGCCCGUUGGACGUUACGCAAUCGGAUGGCGGAACAGAAUGAAGCGAAUUUGUACACAAUAUCUUGCGAUGGUCGAAACGUUGCCACUUACAUCCGUUAUUUGAAUCGAAAAGCAAAACAGGACGGCCUUUUCAAGGAAGAACUUGAAAACGGUUCGAGUAUCCUGGAUCUGCUUCUGUUUCAGUACUUUUCGGAAGGAAAGGAUCUUCCCCAGUGGGUUAACUAUCAUUCUGUGGUCAUCUGUUACUGCGCUAUUAUUAGCGAGUUGGUCAAAGGCUUCGAGCUGGAGCUUUCGCGCGUGUUUCUUCAGGACGUUGCCACGCGUCUGCAACGAGUCCAACGAAACGACUCACUUUCGCAUAAUGUGAUUAUGUACGUAACCGACUACGAAGAACUGAUGGCCCUUAACAAAUAUCUCCAGUUGCUCCUGGGUAACUGGUUGAUGCCACAUAUGGCAUGUAUGAUCAAGGUGUUCCAAGGGGGCCACGUCGUAUUGCAACGGGCUUAUGUGCCAGACUCGCGAUGGGGGCUGGAUCGUGUUCAUUUGAUUCAAAUUAGCCCACCAUACAACAAUGUCACGGAAAUGUUACAGACUAUUGACAGAGCUUUAGCUUCUUCGUAGCUUGUUGGGAAAUGCUUCAGAGCAAGUGCGUAUAUUAAGCGUGAACCUUACAAGAGUAUGUUGUUCUUCAUAGCCGACAAACCGUGGCUACCGCGUCUGACGCAGGAAGAUCGCAUGGCAUUCUUUAAAAGCACGCUCUUCAGUUGAGAAAAACAAUUUCGCACCGCCUGAAACGCACCACUAAGGUGCUAUUACAUCUGUAUUUUAAUUUUA